GAGUCAUCCCCGCCGCAAAAGAAGACCUGGAGUGUUGCCCCGCCACCACAACCACACAUUUUCCACGACGUGAACAUCUCGUGGAGUCCAAUUGAACAAACCUUGAUUGCUCAGCGACCACGCCGUACUCCCAGUCUUCGACAGACUUUAUCUCUGAUACUACCCUUUAUCUCAGACCGAAUACCGCAAUCAUGGCGGACGCUGCAGCGGACCCCACCGCCAAGUUGGCCGAGUCGACGGCCAAGCUCCAGCUCGACGAGGAGACGGGAGAGAUGGUCAGCAAGGGCGAGCUGAAGAAGAGAAUGGCAAAGCGAGCGAAGAAGGCCGCCACGGAAAAGGCAAAGGCUGCCAAGGACGCUGUUGCAAAGGCCACCGGUGCAGGCGACAGCAAGCCCGCCCCGAAGCCCAAGGCGAAGCCCGAGGAGGUCGCCAUCGACCCGGAGGCCAUGUUCAAGCAGGGCUUCCUCCAGGAGGUCUACAAGGAGAGGCCGUCGGAGAAUGUCGUGACGCGUUUCCCUCCCGAGCCCAAUGGCUACUUGCACAUCGGCCAUGCCAAGGCCAUCGCGGUCAACUUCGGUUUCGCCAAGCACCACGGAGGUGUCUGCUACCUGAGAUUCGACGAUACCAACCCCGAAAAGGAGGAGGAGAGAUAUUUCACAGCCAUUGAGGAGAUGAUUAGCUGGCUGGGUUUCACGCCCUACAAGAUCACGUACUCGAGCGACAACUUCCAGAAGCUGUACGACUUGGCCGAGAAGAUGAUCACCUUGGAGAAGGCAUACGUAUGCUACUGCGGCGACACCGAGAUCAAGCUCCAGCGUGGCGGCGAAAAGGGCGCUUCCCCUAGAUUCCGAUGCGAACACGCGAACCAUACCAUUGAAGAGAACCUGCAAAAGUUCAGAGAUAUGAAGGAUGGCAAAUACAAGCCUAGAGAAGCAUUCUUGCGCAUGAAGCAGGAUAUCACCGAUGGUAACCCCCAGAUGUGGGAUCUCGCAGCAUACCGCAUCAAGACCGACACGCCUCACCACCGAACGGGAUGGGACUGGAAGAUCUACCCGACGUACGAUUUUACGCACUGCCUGUGUGAUAGCUUCGAGGGUAUCACCCACUCCCUCUGCACAACAGAAUUCGUCCAGAGCCGUGUCUCCUACGAAUGGCUCAACAAGACUCUUGGCGUUUACGAGCCGAUGCAGCGCGAGUACGGCCGCCUGGGUAUCACGGGUACCGUCUUGUCAAAGAGAAAGAUCCUCAAGCUGGUUGAGGAGAAGAUCGUCCGCGGCUGGGACGACCCCCGUCUGUACACUCUGAUCGGUAUCAAGCGCCGUGGUGUGCCUCCUCGUGCGAUUCUCGACUUCGUCAACGAGCUGGGAGUCACGACGUCUGUCUCCGUCAUCCAGAUCAAGCGCUUCGAGCAGACGGUGCGCAAGUACCUGGAGCGCACCGUCCCCAGAUUGAUGAUGGUUUUGGACCCCAUCCCUGUUGUUAUCGAAGAUGCCGAGGUUACUGAUGUAGAACUUGCCUUCUCUCCCAAGGAUCCUAACAUGGGCUCGCACACCAUCAAGUUCACCCCCACGGUCUACAUCGAUCGCGCCGAUUUCAGAGAGGUCGACAGCAAGGACUACUUCCGCCUUGCACCCAACAAGACGGUCGGUCUGCUCAACGCCCCCUUCCCCAUCAAAGCUACUUCCUAUACCAAGGAUGAGGCGACAGGAAAGGUCACCGAGAUUCGGGCUGUCUACGACAAGGAGACGAAGAAGCCCAAGGCUUUCAUCAACUGGGUCGGAACCGAGGGUUCCAAGAAGGUCGAGGCCCGUAUCCAUAACUCUUUCUUCAAGAGCGAGAAGCCCGAUGACGCCGAGGGCGGUUUCCUCAACGACAUCAACCCCGAGAGCGAGGUCAUCUACCCCGAUGCGCUCAUCGAGAGCGGAUUCGACGAAGUCAAGAGACGUGCACCCUGGCCUGAGGCUGCGGGUGAGAGCGAGUUGGGCAAGGGUGGACCGGAGAGUGUUCGUUUCCAGGCGACGCGCAUUGCCUACUUUGCCAUUGAUGCUGACAGUACCGAUGAGAAGAUCAUUCUCAACCGUAUUGUGUCGCUGAAGGAGGAUGCUGGAAAGGUUUAGGUUACAGCUAUUUCCGGGUUGGGACGUAAAGGUGGGUGGAUGGAUAUGGGGAGCUUUCGGAUUUGCAUAGAUGGCGGGCUUGAUAAUACCAAACAGAAUCCCACAACAAGCAGUGUGGUGAAUCAGAACCUUUUUCCCAAAGAGUAUUGACGGGGGUUUCCUUCAAGUGAUUCACUGCAGUUCACGAAACAGGUCCUUAUAUCAAUACAACACCUUGGCUUGUUGAC